UACUAUUAUUUGUAAUUCAUGAGUAGAUAACAAAAAUAACGUUUGGUGUUUAAAGUCUUAAAACUAAGUUUUAAGUAAAACAUAAUAUUCUUUACUAGUCUUUUUCUGUAGUGAGUGUCAUGGACAUUGGAGAAUUAUUAGAUUAUAAACCGGCAAAUACGCCAAAGCGACCAUUACCUGAAGAAGAAGUUAAUCAAAUUCAAGAAAACGAGACAGAUUAUGAACGCCAAAAAAAACUGAGGCGAUUAGCCAAAGCUCGUGUUCAGCAAAUAGAAAAACAAGAACAAGAACGAUUAAAAGCAGAGCAAGAAAAACUUGCUGAAGAACAGAGAAGGAAACAUGAACGUCAAGAAAUGGUUCAAAAAUUAAUUGAUGAAAACCUGGCUGGUUCUGAUGAUGGUGUUUUAGAUGAAGCAGCAUUAAAACGCAUGAUUUUAUUAUUUGAAAAAAAAGUACUUAGAAAUCAAGAAAUGCGAAUAAAAUUUCCUGAAAAUCCUGAAAAAUUUAUGGAAUCAGAAAUCGAACUACAUGAUAUUAUAACAGAAAUGCAUGCUAUAGCAACUGUGCCAGACUUAUAUCCUGUUUUAGUUAAUUUAAAAGCUGUUUUAUCGCUGUUAGAGUUACUUUCUCAUGAAAAUACUGAUAUAGCAGUUGCAGUUGUAAAUUUAUUACAUGAUUUAACUGAUCUUGAUUCAUUGGAUGAGAAUGAAGAAGGUAUAGAAAUAUUGGUUGAAGCAUUACUCAGUAAACAAAUAUGUGCUCUACUUGUACAAAAUCUAGAACGUAUGGAUGAAUCUGUCAAAGAAGAAGCAAAUGGUGUACAUACAACUCUAGGAAUAUUUGAAAAUAUUAUGGAACUCAGACCUGCUGUUGUGGUAGAUAUUGGAAAACAAGGACUUAUCCCAUGGCUUUUGAAAAGAAUUAAAGCCAAAAUGUCUUAUGAUGAUAAUAAACUUUAUAGUAGUGAAAUUCUAUCUAUAUUAUUGCAAAACAAUGAAGAAAAUAGAACUUUAGUUGGAGAAAUUGGAGGCAUUGACAUUUUGUUGCAACAACUAGCAUAUUAUAAAAGACACGAUCCUUCUUCUCCUGACGAGCAAGAAAUGAUGGAGAACCUUUUUGAUUGUCUAUGUUCAUGUUUAAUGGAUAAAGAAAACAGAGAUAGGUUUCUGAGAGGUGAAGGACUUCAACUAAUGAAUCUUAUAUUAAGGGAAAAAAAAUUAAGUCGAAAUGGCUCAUUAAAGGUAUUGAACCAUGCGUUAUCAGGCCCACAAGGCAAAGACAAUUGUAAUAAAUUUGUAGAUAUUUUAGGACUCCGAACUAUAUUUCCACUGUUCAUGAAAACUCCCAAAAAAAAUAGAAAAAGAAUGCUUAGUACAGAAGAACAUGAAGAACAUGUUGUUUCAAUAAUUGCCAAUAUGUUGCGUAACUGUCGUGGUACUCAAAGACAACGUCUCAUGACCAAAUUUGCUGAAAAUGAUAUGGAAAAAGUUGAUAGACUCAUGGAACUUCAUUUCAAGUAUAUAGAAAAAGUUGAAACAAUUGAUGCUGAAAUUGACGAAAAAAAUUCAGGUGAUGAAGAUGAAGAUGAAAUUUAUUUAAAGAGACUAAAUGGUGGUUUAUUUUCUUUGCAACUGAUUGAUUAUAUUAUUUUGGAGGUUUGUAAUAGUGGACCUAACAUCAAAAAACGAGUUACUCACAUUUUAAAUAUGCGAGGUGGCACAUUAAAAACCAUACGUCAAAUAAUGAGAGAAUAUGCAGGAAAUCUUGGUGAGGAUGGUGAUAAAGAGUGGCAAGAACAAGAGCAACGACAUAUAUUAAAAAUGGUUGAUAAAUUGUGAAGGAUUUUAAAGCUCAUAAAAAAAAAUAUUAUAAAUAAAUCGUUUGUAAAUAUAAUAUUUUAAAUUUAGUGAUCAUAAUU